AUAAUUAUGUUUCAUUCAAAUACUUAAAAUUAAAUUAAAAAACUACCUAUUUUGUAAAUUUUCAAGAUACCUCAAAACUCGGAAGAGUGGAAAAUUAUAGAAAAAGAUUUUUCCGAAAAAUGGAACUUUCCUCAUUGUUGUGGAUCCAUAGAUGGCAAACAUAUUGUUAUACAGUCACCCAUACAUAGUGGCUCAGAGUUCAUAAACUAUAAAGGCACAUUCAGUGUAGUUUUAUUUGCUUUGGUGGACGCUAAUUACAAUUUUUUGUAUGCAAAUAUAGGAUGCCAAGGGAGAAUAAGUGACGGUGGUGUGUUUAGAAAUACCUCUUUGCACAAAAGUAUAGAACAAAAUGAACUCAUGUUUCCACCAGAUGAACCGUUACCUUUAAGGGAAUUGCAUGUUCCCUACCUGCUUGUUGCGGAUGGUGCAUUUGCAUUUAGUUCACGUAUAAUGAAACCAUACUCCGGAGUGUAUGCAAAAGGUAGUAGAGAAAGGGUAUUUAAUUAUCGACUAUCCCGAGCCCGACGUGUUGUUGAAAAUGCGUUUGGGAUAAUUUCUUCGGUAUUCCGAGUGAUGAGAAAACCGAUGUUACUCGAACCCGAAAAAGUAACAAACAUUACAUUAACUUGUGUAUUGUUACAUAAUUUUUUAAGAAAAAGUAAAACUUCCGCUUCUAAAUAUUCACCGAAUGGGAUAUUUGAUAUUGAAAAUGAAGAAGGGCAGAUUAUUCCUGGUAUGUGGCGACAGGAACAAAAUAGCAUGACAUCUUUACUACCCAUACGUAACAUACCCAGAAGACCCGGAGUGGAAGCUAAAACAAUACGAGAUGAAUACGCUACAUAUUUUUCAACAAACGGAAAAAUACCAUGGCAAGAUCAAUAUUAAAAUUUUAAACACUAUCUUAUUAGGUACCUAUACUAUGACACCAAAAUAAUGUACAAUUAUAUUACCUAUAUAGUAUAUUUAUAUUUAUCAUAUAUU